GCCCAAUAUUAUACAAACAAGUCAAACAUUAACAGCAAUGCCAAGAAGAAAACCUUUUAGUUCCAAGCAAAAGAAAGAGCAGUUGCAAAGAAAAAGGCAAAAGAAAAGAUCUCAAGGACAGAAUGAAGGCCAAUCACUUAGUGCUGUAGUGCCAGAUCAAGUUGAUGAGGAACAGGUCUCGUCUUCUGAGAGUGAUAGUGAGACUGAAGAAGCUGUUGAAAAACAGUCUGAGCUUCCUAGAGUUGUUAGUAAACUGGGACAUCAACCAGCUCAAUUGCAUGGAAAAUAUGAUCCUAAUAGGUUUCGUCUUCAUUUUAAUGCAGAAUCGCAAGAAGAAAUAGACAAAAGGAAGCAUAUAGCAAAGACUAGAAUAAUUGUUCCAGUUGAGGAGAAUAUGCUUGAAGUUAGUGUUGAUGAUAUUUAUCAACCUGGGUCAGUCCUGGAUUUUCCUAAGAGACCACCGUGGACCUAUAAAAUGAGUAAAGCUGAGGUACAUAGGAAAGAAGAAGAAAUGUUUACUGAAUAUUUGGAGAAUAUUUAUACUAAAUAUGGGGACAAAAGCCUUAGUUAUUUUGAGCAUAAUCUUGAAACAUGGAGACAACUGUGGCGUGUUUUAGAACUGUCAGACAUCAUUUUACUCAUCACUGAUAUCAGGCAUCCAGUGCUUCAUUUCUCACCUGCUCUUUAUGAUUAUGUAGUUAAUGACCUCAAAAAGACACUUGUACUAAUUUUAAAUAAAGUUGAUUUGGUACCUCCUCAAGUUGCUGUGGCUUGGAGGCAUUAUUUCUUACAUCAAUUUCCUCAUUUGCAUGUUGUGUGCUUUACUUGCUAUCCGAACAGUGAUGUAUCUACAGAGGUCAGUCAAAAAGUGAAGCUGAAAUCUAGAAGGAGGAGAGGAAAAAGGUUGUCUGCUGUUGGUCCUAAAGAAUUAUUUGAAGUCAUUGAAAGAAUCUAUAAAGGAAAAAUCAAUUUGUCUCAUGAAACCGAAUUACAAAGUUCAAAAGAAUUUCUUUUACCUGAGAUUGACAAGGAAUUGGUUGAAUCAGAUAAUGUAUAUACUAUUGGGCUAGUAGGCCACCCAAAUGUUGGUAAAUCAUCCAUUCUUAAUGGGUUAAUUGGGAAAAAGUCUGUUAGCACAUCAAAAACUCCUGGUCAUACAAAGCAUUUACAAACAAUAUUUCUCACACCGACAGUCCGUCUCUGUGACUGUCCUGGUCUUGUAUUCCCAUCACUCAUUGAGAAACAAUUACAAAUACUUAGCGGAAUCUACCCUAUUGCACAAGUGAAAGAGCCAUAUACUAGUAUAGGGUAUCUUGCUGAGCGAGUGCCCCUUGUUGAGUUGCUGCAGCUAUCUCACCCUGAGGAAGAGAAAAUGGAAGAAGGUGAUACAGUUGGUGGUGCUAUUGCUACUGUGUCAAGUGAAUCUUCCCUAAAUUGGACAGCGUGGAAUAUUUGUGAUGCAUGGGCUGAAAAGAAACAAUACUUCACAGCCAGAGCUGCAAGAUUAGACACUUAUAGAGCUGCAAAUCAUUUACUAAGGCUUGCAAGUGAUGGAAGAGUUUGCAUGUUUUUUAUGCCACCUGGUUAUUUAGCUGAAAAAGAGGGCUGGGAAAAGAAUCCAGAGGUUGAAAGAAUGAUAUUAUUACAAAAGCAAGGAAUGAGUACAAGUGAUAGUGGGACACUGUUGUCAUUGACUUCUGAAUCAAGUGAUGAAGAGUCUAACAGUCCACCAACUGUUCAUUCUAAUAAAUUUACAGCUCUACUUGACAUAGAAGAGUCUGACUAAAAAUUGCAGACAAGAAAGUUUUAUACCUCAUUUAAAUUGUAUUAUAAUGUAACUGAUUUCUGUUGUGUUAGUUCUAUGCUACUAAAAUUAUUUCAGCUUAAUGAUGUAUGAGUCAUCC